AUGUCAAGGCAUCCAAGGAUCGCACAGAAUGUGAAGUUAUUCAUCAAUGACCAUACAUCCAUCGCUGAGGUGUAUUUUUACUUCAAGAUGACAAUCCAUGAUCAGGAGAAGACAUUUGCACUCGUUUCUGAAUUCAGUCCACCCCAUCCAGGUCUUCUCGAAGAUUCAUUUCAGAUGGUCUUCGCAUGUAGCUAUCAUGCAGACACCUCCUUACGGCUGGUUGAAGCUCACACCAUUCAAUCAGUGGUGGCAAUGGUUCCCCACCAAUUUCCAGGUAUUGACAGGACCCUUUUCUAUCUCAUAGAACAGCCAGGUUUGGAUGUAUUGACGAUAGGUGGCAUUGAGGAGGACAUACCCGACAAGGAUUAA